GUCAAUACUAACCUAAAAAUAAAAACAAUUUUCAUAACAUUACAAUUGACUAAUAACUAAUUUGAUUUUUAAAAAAGUCAUCAGUAUGAUUUAAAAAAGUAUCAUCUUUAAAAAUCAAAUAUCAUUGAGAAAACAAUAACAAUAAAAAAUAUUAUUGAGAAGAAGAAACAAAAAGAUGAAGGUUCCAACGACGAGUUUCCAACUGCAGAGUGAUAAAAAUUCAGCUUUUUAUAAUCGACAGCAGGCACUUUUUGAUCAACUGUCACAAGCAGAAAAAAAUUGUAAAAAAGAUCAAUCAACUCCAAUCGACACCAGUGAGUUUGAGCGCGAAAAAUUUCGUCGUCCACCGCCUCCUGGCAAACGUCGAAAAAACGAAGCCAGACAAUUUCGAGGAAAAGAAAGUAUUUUCAAGCAGGCAAGUUUACCAUCUCCUUUCUCCGAUCGUAGCAUCCCAGAUUAUCAUAAAAAUCCUCACAAAUGGAUGAGGUACUCUUUGGAUGACGUAGCCGAUGCUGAUAUGAGCGAAAAAAAUAAUACAAGAGCGGCGCUUUCGUUUCUCAAAGAAUUGAAGGCACGAAAAUUAAAGGACGAACUUAAUGAGCAAUCGAGUAUGCAAGUCGAUGAUGAUAAGUCGACUGGAAUGUCAAGUUCAACAUCGAGCUCGAUAAUUAAAUUCAAAAAACCUAAAUGUAAAGAGCAAUCUUUUACUGAGAUCGUGGAGCCCGAUAACGCGCCUAUAUUCAUAGGUAGUAAAAUUAUUCUCCCUGAGUAUGUAGUAGGUCAGAAACCGAUCAAUAAAUCGAAGAAAGAUAAGAAGAAUUUUGUUAAAGUAGAUCGGAGUAAACAAAUGAAAUUGGAUCACCUCCAGGAAUAUGAAGACGAAUAAAUAUUUUAUUUCGUGUUACUAAUUACAAAAAGACUUAUAUUUUUAUAUGACCUUUUGGCUUUAGUCAUCAAGUUUAAAACCAAAAGGGCGGAAGGUCAAAGAUCUAAUACCUGAUCAAGAUACGAGUUCCCUGAUUGGAUAUUAGUUUUCUAAUCGAGUACUAGAUUCUUAAUCGGUUACUAGUUUCAUACUCGAGUACUAGUUUGUCGAUCAGGUACAAAUUUCUUGAUCGCGUACUAGUUCCCUGAUUAUAUACUAGGCCUUUUACCUUAAAUUAAAAAAAAAACCUAGUACCCGAUCAAAGAAUUACUAAAAAUUAUCCAAAAUGUAUGAUACUGUGAGGACUUGUGGUAAAUAUCUGAAAUUUUCUCAUGCACAUUGUAAAAUAUACUACUCAAUAGCAUGUAAAUGAAGUGCAAUUUUUACAGUACUGAAUUUUAUGGGUAAUUUUUACUCAAAAAUUAUCUGCGUGUAUUACCCGAUCAGGGAACUAGGUCUUUUUACCUUACGCUCUUUUGGUUUUUAAAAUUUUUUUUAAAGUUUCCAGCUUUAGAACGUCUGCAGUCUGAUUAUCAAUAAAAAAAAAUAUUAUACGCCCUUAUGAAAUUAGUAGCGCGAUUUAUUUUCUGUGUCUCUAUUAAUAAUAUUGUUAUCUAAUAAUGUAUCUAUUAAACCUUAUUUUAUAGUAUCGUUAUAAUAUAAAUAUACUUAACGGAAUAAAAUAAUUUAUUUGUUAAAAUUGACCGUUAAUUUAUUGUAGAUAAAUUAGCGAUAGUAGCUUGACUUAAAUAUUGAAUUAAAUUAAGAUAGCCGAAGAUAUAGUACAUUCUAUUCGGAAAUGUACUUAAGUCGGCCAACAGCUUCCUUUCUUUUUUUCUUUGUUUUUUACUUGUUUGUCAGUAAGCUUCAUAUAGAACUAAAGGAUACAAACAAGUAAUGUGAUAUAAUCGUACUACAUGCAUUGCACAGGUAUAAAUAUAAACAUAUAAAACACAGUUCUAGCUAAUUCUCAUAAUCUUGAUACAUAUAUUUCAUUUAAUACCUUACUAUCAUAUUAAUUGUAAUGUGUGG